AUGUAUUGCUCUAAAUUAUUAUUAAUAUUUGUUGGACUGUUGGCUUUGGUCAAUGGACAUGGCUAUCCAAUCUAUCCAUUGUCUAGACAGAACACCUGUUCUUCCAAUCCAAAGAAUGCCAUCUACUAUCCAGAGAACGGUGAUGGUAUUACCGAUCCUGCAUGCAGAGCCGCCUUCAAGUAUGUCUACAACAAGGCCAACAGCGCUGCAACAGCUCAAUAUCAAUUCAUCCAAACCAACGAGUAUUCAAUCAAUAUACCAAACUAUGCCGAUGGCUAUUCCGCAAUGACUGCCGCUAUCAAGUCAGACCUCUGUUCGGCUGGCCAGACUGUCGCACCCAACGAUAAAAGUGGAAUGAGCAUUGCCGCGCCUUGGACAGUCACCAGCAUCUCCGUUCCAAGUGUCUCCACCAAGUCGAAGGACAUUAUGUUCUCCUACUGUGCAACCGCACCACACAAUCCAAGCUACUGGGAGUUCUACGUCACCAAGGAAGGAUUCGAUGUGUCAAAGAACAAGAUUACUUGGAACGACGUUGAAUUGAUCACAAAGAUCGACGAUGUUCCAACCAUCACCACCAACGAUCCCAAGUGUUCGGUCACCAAAGCCUAUAAUAUGACUAUUACCUUACCAGCACGUUUCAGCAACUCAGUUUUGCUCAGCCGUUGGCAACGUGUCGACCCAGUCGGUGAGGGAUUCUACUCGUGUUCCGACUUUGUCUUCACUACCCAAGAUGGCUCUGCAACCACCUCUACCACUGGUACUUAUCCUACAAUUACUUCCUCACAAUCUACUACCUCUCAACCAACUACCUCUUCUACUCAAACUACCUCUACAACCUCGACUAAUCAACCAACCUCUACUACUUCUUCUACUAUCACAGAUAAUAACGAAGGAGAAGGUCCAAACAAUUCAUCUUCAUUGAAAGUCAGCAUCCUAUUAUUAUUCAUCAUUGUAUCAUUUGCACUUUUGUUCUAA